GAAGCCCAAAGAUUCUUUCAUGAUCAUCCCGCGGCUCUUCCGGGAAUAGCGGCGCUAAAUAAGCGCGAGGAAGGAGGAACAGGAUGGUGUGUCUCAUCAUCAUCAUCAUCACAGUCAUGCGCGUAUUUGAGUCGAAGAGCGGAUGAGUUUGAGUGUGUUAUCAGGAUGGAGGUGAUGGAGGCAGAGCUGGAGGAUCUCUGGAGAAGCCGGGAUCCGCGGAGAGACUGAAGGAAUGCGCGCCGGACUUUAACGGCUUCUCAGGAUGAAAUAAACCCCCUAGAGAAGGGAAUUCAUCUUCUGCCACCAUAGUUUCAUCGUUGUUCUCCAUCGAUAAAAUGGUCCCUCCAAGCAACUCGACUCCGCUUUGCUUCUCCAUCAACAGCCCUCCUUUCAAACACAACCACACCAUCGCAUCCGCGUACUUCUCUGUGGUCUUCAGCGGGCUGGGAUUGAGCUCCAACCUCUUUGCCCUGGUGGUUCUGGCCAAGACGUUCCACCACACCAAGAGCCGCUCACGUUCCUCGUUCCUGCUCUUCCUCGGCGGCCUGGUGUUUACCGACUUCAUGGGACUGUUGGUCACUGGGUCCAUCGUGGUGUCCUUCCACAUAACACAAUUCAACUGGCGCCAGCUGGACCCUCACUGCCACUUCUGCAACUUCAUGGGCAUGUCCAUGGUGUUCUACGGACUUUGCCCACUGCUUCUCGGCGCCGCCAUGGCCAUGGAGCGUUUCAUAGGCAUCAACCGACCCUUCUCACGUUCCACCACCAUGUCCAACUCGAGAGCGUGCUCAAUGGUGGCCAUGGUGUGGGUCACGGCCGGUUGCAUCAGCCUUUUGCCGUUGAUGGGGUUGGGAAACUACCACCUCCAGGUGCCUGGCUCCUGGUGCUUCCUCAACAUCAGCUCCAAACCUCUAGACAUGACCUUCAGCUUGAUCUUCUCACUUGUUGGUCUGCUGUCGCUGGCCGUGUCGUUCCUGCUUAACACGGUGAGCGUGAUUACCCUCCUGAGGGUGUGUUGCGGACAGGACAGCAGUCAACGGAGGCGAGACUACGAAGUGGAGAUGAUGGUGCAGCUCAUCUUGAUCAUGGCCAUCGCCUCCAUCUGCUGGUGCCCUUUACUGGUGUUUAUUGCGCAGACAGUGCUGUCGGGCCACAAGCUCGAAGUUCGUUACCUGCUUCUCUGGCUCCGUUUUGCGACAGGGAACCAGAUCCUGGACCCCUGGGUCUACAUCCUCUUCCGACGUGCCGUACUGAAACGCAUCGCACCCAAGAUGGACUGGUCCCGCGGCUCCAUCAUGAGCAUCUCGACGUCCUUCCGCAGGCUCACGCGUGCCUCACUGGGAGGAACGAUUGACCGUUUGGAGCACCUCCGGCCAAAUCCAAACAAAGCCAGAGAAGAAGAUACGCCCUUACCUGUGCAGAACAUCCCUGCGUCAUCUUGUUCCAGUGAACAAACCAGGACUUGCAUCCAGCUCAAGGAAAAGAUCUAAUGUGGAGCCAAAUGUAGGGCUUGCCCAACUUCUUGACCCUUUUCUUGAUGCAUUGUUUUCAUAGAGGUGCUGAUGGCCAGCCUGACAAACUCUUCUCAGACUAGGGGUGUGCGAUAUUGACAAAAAAUAAUAUCUCGAUAUUUUCUGGAAUUUUGUCAAUAACGUUGAUCAGAUGAUAUUUGCUGAGUGUGUUAUUGUGCUGCCAUUGACAGCUGACUCCUAAGUUUUUGUUUUUCUUCAUAUUUUGUGCGGUGGUUAGUUGACAGAAAUAUUCCAAUAAGUUUAAAUUGAUUUUUCGUUUUAUCUGCAUCAUUUAUGUCAAAUUAUUACAUUUUAACAGACACUAUUCUAUUGAGCUUUUUCAGUAUUAACUAAAUCCGUCUUUGCAGUGCCGAGGAAACACAGAAGCUGCAUCUGAAGUGGCAUUUAGAUGUAUUUACACAGACUGUUUAAUGCAGCUCAGAGGGGACAUAAAUGCAUUUAACCUGCAGUUACAAAUGCAUAAAUAAUGUUUUGAUGUUUUAAAAAUAGAACGAUGAUAUAUGAAAUUAUUUUAAAAUUGAAAAGAUACUAUAAAUAUGAAAUUAAAACAGCUUCAGAUGCAGCUUCAAGUCUGUUAAUGUUAAUGAGCGAAUCAUUAAUUCAAAUGUUUCAUUAAAAUGGACUGAUUCAUUCAGUAAGGAAGUAUUUGGCUUUCUUAAUGAGUCACUGAAUCAAUAGGCUUGUUCGAGAUGCAUCGGCGCUACGCAGACCAAUCGGCGUAUGACAUUAAAGUGCCGCGAGAGUGUUUGGAGAGCAUACGACUCUUAUGCUUUUGAAUCACUCUCGCGAUACUCUGAUGUCAUACGCCGAUCAGUCGGCGCAGCGCCGAUGCAUCUCGAACAAGCCUAUUGAUUGAACAAAUUCAUUCAAAUGGACUGAUUCAUUCAGUAACAAAGCAUUUGACUUUUCUUAAUGAGUGAGUCAUUGAAUCAUUCAUUCAACCGAUUCGUUCAAACGGCUGAUCAUUUCAGGAAUGAAGCAUUUGACUUUCUUAAUGAGUGAGUCAUUGAAUCAUUCAUUCAAACAAUUUGUUCAAAUGGCUGAUCAUUUCAGGAACAAAGCGUUUGACUUUCUUAAUGAGUGAGUCAUUGAAUCAUUCAUUCAACAGAUUCGUUCAGACGGCUGAUCAUUUCCGGAAGGAAUCAUUUGACUUUCUUAGCUAGCAAGUUAUUGAAUUAUUCAUCCAAUCAAUUUGUUCAAAUGGCCGAUUGUUUCAGGUAGGAAGUAUUUAACCUUUUAUUAAUGAGUCACUGAAUCAUUGAUUCAACCAAUUUGUUCAAACGGCUGAUCAUUUCAGGAAGGAUGCAUUUAUGCUUGUUUGACUUAAAGCAGUUCGAUGCAUCUCAAGCAAGCCUAUUGAUUGAACCAUUUCGUUCAAAUGGACUGAUUCAUUCAGUAACGAAGCAUUUGGCCAUUCUUAAUGAGUGAGUCAUUGAAUCAUUCAUUUAACCGAUUCAUUCAGUUCGGCCGAUCAUUUCACGAAGGAUGCAAUUUGACUUUCUUAAUGAGUGAGUCAUUGAAACAUUCAUUCAAUGGAUUCGUUUAAACGGCCAAUCAUUUCAGGAAGGACGCAUUUGACUUUCUUAAUGAGCGAGUCAUUGAAUCAUUCAUUCAAUCAAUUCGUUGAAAUUGACUAAUUCAUUCAGUAACAAACUGAAUCAUGUUUGUAACAAUUUUCAUCAGCAAAAUGGAGCAAAACAGGCAAUGUUGUGUCUAAAAUGUAAGUCACUUAAUUGUUUACUAAACAGUUAAAUAUCAAUUAUAAUAUAAAAUCAAUAUCGCAUUUGCAGUUGUGCUCUUUGUGUGAUUGCUUAACUAUAUCAUAUGAGAUAAAUAUAGCCUGAAAUACAAAUUCUAAUACAGGGGCAUUUUUACUGCAUUUUAAUAGAGUAAAUCACUCUAAAUGCGCAUGCGCAUUAGUCUAACCUAAACCGAAAAGGCUACAUCACGCAGUGUAUGCACUCUCUAGGCGUGUUUUUGUUUGGUUUUAGCAAAGUGAGGGACAUAAUCAAUAAUGUCAGAUUGCACAUUGUUAAAACAACAAUUGCGACAUUAUUGUAGACUAUAUAUAUCACACACCCCUAUGUCAGACACAUUCAAGAAGCACAUGUUUGAGCUCUUUAGGUGUGGUGAACUCACAUGCACUCGUAUAGGAAAAUGUACAGUAGAAACUAGACUCGUUUGGAGAAAACUGCAGUUUUGGCUCCCUUCCUAGACACAUACACUCCUUUUCUUUGCUGAUAAGAUGAUGAGAACCACACACUCAGUUAAAAUGCCAUUGAAACAUCCAACUUUAGCUGCGAAGGCCAUUCUGACUUAUGUCUAGUCAUGAACAUUCUUGUCUUGAGGAAUCAAACAAUUAUAAUUUCUGGCACAAAGUUGGUUAUUCUUAUGUGAGGAAACACAAGGUUAGCAUCAAAUGCUGUCAGACUGAAUAAUCUUUUCUGAUCUUGUAUUUGUAUUGUGUGUAAACCCAAACUCAUUAUUCAACCCAUUUUUGUUUAGAUUGCAUUGGCCAAUUGCUCUCUCAAGUAUUUGUAUCUUUGGUAGAAAUGAUUUUUGGCAAACAAUGUCACUGAGGCCUAGCGCACACUGCAAACAGAUGCUCAUCUGCUAGUGUACAUUUAAAGUCAGUUUCUUGCGUGUAAACAACAUGGAUAUGCAGUUGUUUUUGCACGAAUUUCCAAGAUACAGAGCCAUCUGUGCAGCAGUUUGAUCUUUGCGAGAAAAAACACGAGAUGACUUGAACUCUGCGACUCAAAAACAUGAGUACGCGAGUUGCUACGAUAAGGGCUUUUUUGUUACUGACUGUAAGCAUAAUGAGCUUCUGUCUUGUAGCGUGCGCUAGGCUAACAGGAAAGCAGUUAUGAGAUUCAUUCCUCCAUUUGCAUUUGUUUCACAGCUACAACUACUAAUGUGAAGCAUUAGCAUGACUAGCUACAAAUAAACCAUCGCUGCAUCCGUAGUAUGAGUAGUAUGUCCAAAUACAAUAGUAUUCGAAAAACAGUAGGGAAAAGUACCUACUACUUAUGGCAAGAUUCAGAAGUGUGCAUUCGAUGGACACUUUAAUAUCCCACAAGGCCACGGGAGAGGUUUUGUGAAUGGCAGUGAAGUGACACAACUGACACUGUAGGUCACAUGAUAAUGACAAGGUGGUGGAUGUAGUACGUCCAAAUUUUAUUCAUACUCCACACAAUCAUACUAUAUAGAACAUACUUUAAGUCGCAAAGUAAAUUUCAAACCAAAUUUCAGACAUAGCGCAUGUAUUGUGGGUUUUAAAGUCAACAUGAAGCAGUCGCAAAUCAUUUUACUUCUGUAACGCGAUUUUUUUAUGUGUGGAAAAGUGGGCGGGGCUUGAUUUUAUUAGUUAGCCGGUGAUUUGAUGUAAAAUGACAGUUGGUUGGAGGGGGAGGGGCUGGAAAAUAAGUGUUUGGUGAUGUCAUUUUUGGGGCGGUGCCUGUGCGCGGUAGAGUGCAUUAGUGCCCGCCCACUUUUUCAGUGGUUCCUGGACUGUUUUUCCCAUUUAUUUUCCCCAUAGGGAUUUUUUGUUAAAUCUUAGUUAAAGAGUUAAAAGCCACGAACCAGUCACAAUGUGAAUCACAAGACUUUGAUUUGAAGCAAAAAAGUAUUUGAAAAUCGGACAAAAAUACAAGACUGUGUACUUAACGGCUUCAGUGAAGAAAAGAACUACAGUUCCCAGAAGAACUGCGAAUAAUUGAAUUAAAAACUAUGGAGAAGUAUAAAAAUACUGACUUGAAGAUGUUUAUUGUGUAUAUAAAAUCAAAAUAUUUUAUGUUGAUUGCAUAAAAAUGUAUAUUUAUACAAAUAUAGUAAGUAGUUUAUGAGCAUAGGGAUUCGCAGUGCUUCAUGGGAGUGGGCGGAGUUUUUUUAAUUGCAGUUCUCUGAUUGGUGGAAUUUCUCUGCAGAAUCAUGGGUAAUGUAGUUUUUCACCAAAAAUUCUGCGGUUAAACACGAUUAUUUAAAAAAUAAGUUGAAAUAAUGCUGAUGGCUUCAACAUAUUCUAUCAAUUAACAACCAGACAGUAGGUCUGUCUUUAACGUUUUAUAUAUUUUCAGUUUUCAUUUGAAUUUGUAUUGUCAUUUUUAUUAGUUUUUUUUUUUAUAUAUAUAUAUUUAAUUUUUUUAGUUGUAGUAAUGUUAGUACUUAAACUUUUCAACUGAAAUAAGUUUUUUUUUUUUUUUUUUUGUCUAAUACUUAUAUUCUAUUUUAUUCCGGCUUUCUUUAUUUUCAGCAUCUUCAGCAUUCUGUAAGUUAUCGUUAAAAACGAAUUCCCUCAUGUAAAAAAUGAAUUGGAUUUUUACUUCCGGAACAGGCCGUUGCACUAUAAGACGUGGAAAAAGAAUUAAGAAAGUAAAUAGUGUCAAUUUUGAUUUCACAUUGACUGAAGGACUUUUGUGAGCCAUUUUUUGAGUGACUAUGUUUUAUGUGUAUGAAUUGUGAACGUACAAAAAGUCUGCGGACUCACAAUUUGUGGUAUGCUGGAGCGUUUUUAAUCUUUAAAUAUAUUCAAAUAUGUCACAUCAAGUCAUGUAAAAGGGGUAAAUACACUGUAAAACACGAUAUACAAUACGCAAACACUUUUAGCAGAUUUUUGACUUAAAUAGCUACACAUUAAAUGUGUACAUAUAAUUAAUUCAAAUGUGUCAACAAGUAAUGAUUCAUAUAUACACAAGCCAUUCGUGUCACAAGAUCUCAUUAAUCGUAAAAGAUCAUUCAUUUCACCUGUAACACAAUGUAUUUAUACAUAACACAAAAGACAGAACAAACAAAGGCUAGGCUAAGCUACGCUGAUGUCUGCUAUCAUAUACUUGAUUGUAAUGCUUCUAAAGUCAAAUAUAUAAUGUAAAACACGUAAAAGAUUGGUUUAACCCCUAUUUAGCUAUACACAUCGGUGGGAAAUACAGUUUGACCUACUUUGUACUGCUCUACACACUUGUAUUUUCACAUUAGCCCGUUGUUUAGCCGCUAAUACCUUGACGUUCUCCAUUCCUCAGGAUCAGUGUGGGAAUUGGGAGGAUUGAGUAUAUGAAAACAGAUGACAGACGUCAUAAAUCAGCCUCUCAGAUGUCUUUACUUACUCUGGAAAAAAAAAAAAAACAAGAGGAAAAGCAUGUGCUUGUGUGAGAUAGGGUUAGCCUGUGAAGUCUGACUUUGAGCUUCUAAUGGCAUUUGUCCAGAGUCGCUAAUGGUCUUCUUUGAGUGUUGCUGGAUGUAAAUAAACGCCUCCUGAGAUGACCUGG